AAGAAUAUAAUGAUAAAUUAUUUUUAAAUUAUUUUUGAAAAUCUUUUAUUUUACUAACUGAAGGAACUGUUGGAAAUAAGAAAGGAGACAAAAGAAGGCAGUGUGAACGAAAUUUAGCUGCAACCUGACUAGCAGCCAAAUUUUUUUCCAGUGUACACCUAUAAUAUUACAAAAGUAUACACAAUAACCUUAAUAGAAAGGAGAAGGGAGGGCAUGACAAAAUAGGUUACAAGUCAUUCGUAACCUACAUCGGUUACAUCUACACAAACCCACAAAUAGCACCUAUAAUGGUACAAAAGCAUCCGUUUCUUCCUCUCCUCUCUUCUAUAUUUAUGUUAUUUUGAUUUAUUUUAUUUUUUCUAGCUUUGUUCUUAGCUUCAUUCACCUAAGCUUCUUGGUUCUUGUAAACAAGCUUAGGUGUUUGAUUUGGGACUUCCAAGUUCUGUCUUAGAUAGGCAAGUCCUCAGUUCCUCACUCUUCCAACAUUAAUCAUCUCCACCAUAAAUACUACAACCUCCUCACGCAAAUACAUGCAGAGUCAGAAGUCAACAGUUGCAACCUAAUUAGUUUAUAAAUUCUAGAACAAGGGUCACAAUUAGAAUUAUCUUCUUUGUUACACAGACUCUGGAAAUUUUUGAUUUGGGAAGCUUCAUGCAAAGUAAUACUUGGUGGUCUACUGCAAGUAAUAAAGUAAGUAAUAACAGCUAGGAUCCUCUCUCCUAAACAUCUUAGAACUUACAUGGUUGACCAUCUCUUUCACUGUGUUUCCUCUCUAUUUCCUUUCUUCUUCAUUAAUGGUAUGAGAAAUCAUUUUCGAGGUUGGUGAUCAGCUGGAGCCCUCCAAUGAUCCAGCUAAGUUAAGUUGACCUUUCAAGCCCAUUCAAACUCUCUUCUUUUUUCUAUUUAAGGACUUCCAAAAAAAGUUUGAGGGAAACUCACUAGUCACUACUUCCAGCUCUUCAAAACCCAUAACUCCUUCUAUCUAACAGGGGACUAUGGCUUGUUUUAGGCUCUUCACCACCUCUCUCUGUUCCACCCCUCUCCAGCUUGUUCUUCUUCUAGUCCUCUUCUCCUCCUAUACUUCACUAGCCAAUGUGUCAUCAUCACCAUUAACACCUGUUCCUAGAGAUUCAAUCUGCAAAUCAACCCCAUAUCCUUCCCACUGCAGAUCAGUUCUCCCAUCAAAUGAUUCAUCCAAUGUAUAUGACUAUGGUCGGUUUUCUGUUGGUGAGUCUCUCAAAUCAGCAAGAAAGUUCUUGCAUCUGGUGAAUAGCUAUCUUAGAGACAAGACCUUAUCAGUAAUGGCAGUUCGAGCCCUUGAGGAUUGUAGGCUCCUAGCAGAGCUGAACAUCGAUUUCUUGGUUAACACAUCCACAACUGUCAAUUCAACACAGAAUCUCUCCACCAGGAGAGCCGACGACGUGCAGACACUGCUUAGUGCCAUACUAACCAACCAGCAAACUUGCUUGGAAGGACUUCAAGCAAUUUCAUCAGCUUGGAGUGUGAAGGAUGGUCUCUACACCCCUCUUUUCAAUACAACCAAGCUGUACAGUGUUUCUUUGGCACUUUUCACCAAAGGAUGGAUUGAUAAAAAGAAGAAAAUACUUCCAGGGAGGGAGCUCUUCUCUGGAAUGGAAAUUGAUCGACAAAGUCACUUGGCUUUGAGAAUGAAGAGGCACCACCGCCGGAUCUAUGAAUCAAUCAGUGGAAGGAAACUAGCCCAGACAACCCAAAAUGCUGUCAAAGUGAGAGAUAUGGUAGUUGUGAACAAGGAUGGGAGUGGAAAUUUCAUUACCAUUCAUGAUGCCCUGGCUGCUGCUCCCAACAAUACCAACAUCACCGACGGCUAUUUCAUGAUUUAUGUAGUCGCCGGUGUCUAUAACGAGUAUGUUACCGUCGGCAAAAACAACAUGAAUGUUAUGAUGGUAGGAGAUGGCAUCAGGAAGACUACAAUCACGGGCAACCGAAGUGUCGCUGAUGGAUGGACUACAUUCAAUUCUGCUACCUUCAUUGUUCUUGGGCAAGGAUUUGUCGCAAUUAAUAUGACAUUCCGGAACACUGCCAGAGCGAUUAAGAAUCAGGCAGUGGCAGUUCGAAAUGGUGCUGACUUGUCGACUUUCUAUAGAUGUAGCUUUGCAGCAUACCAGGACACCUUGUAUGCACAUUCCCUAAGGCAAUUUUACAGAAAGUGUGAUAUAUAUGGGACUAUAGAUUUCAUAUUUGGCAAUGCAGCUGCAGUUUUCCAAGACUCUGAUAUCUAUGCAAGGCUACCACAGCAACAACAAUAUAAUACUAUCACUGCCCAAGGUAGAACAGAUCCAAACCAGAAUACUGGGACUUCCAUUCAGGGUUGCAAAAUCAGAUCAAGUGUGCAACUGGCUUCUAGUAAUCGCACUGUUAUGACAUUCUUGGGUAGACCAUGGAGAGAAUAUUCAAGAACUGUGAUUAUGCAAUCCUUCAUUGAAAGCUUGGUAGAUCCUACUGGUUGGAUUGAUUGGGGUAACACUACUGUGCUAAGUAGCCUAUAUUAUGCUGAUUUCAACAACACAGGACCUGGAUCAGUUACCACAAACAGAGUUCAAUGGCCUGGUUACCAUGUGAUCGGUAAUGCCACAGACGCUGCCAAAUUCACUGUCUCAAGUUUUCUACAAGGUGAUCACUGGUUAAAUGCAACUGGGGUGCCUUAUACGCUUGGCCUUUUAUCAAAUUUACCCUCAGAAUCUUAGUUUUUUUUUUUUAAUUAAUUAUUGAUUAAAAAGGAUGUAAUUUUUCAAGCAUUUAGUCUCAAGCCCAAGGAAAUGUAAUUGUGUUGCUUGAGGAUUUUUUUUAACACAUUUAUUUAUUUAUUUCUAUUUGGAAAUUGAUAAACACUCCAGAUUUUAGUGUUCAAGUGGGAAUUAUUUUUGGUAUGGAGGCUCACGGAGUCGGUCUCAUCAGAUAGGGGCAGAGGAGAGAGAAUGUCUGAAGUUUUCAGAGAGAAAGACUGUGAGAGUUUCCCACUCUGGUAUAGUGGAAAAGCUUUUCCCAAAAUGAAAAAAAUUUGGGGAAAAUAACGCUGCCUGGUCGCAUGGCCUCUACACCCUGACACAGAGGAGGGGGUGAAAUAAUGGCCCCAAACCUGUAAAAUACAACAAAAAUCGAUCAUAUUGAUACCCCUAUGCCCCACCACAUUGGCCCUCGUACUUGUGCAGAGGCCAUACGACCAGGUAGUGUUCUUCUUCCCAAAAAGAAUUAUGAUUUUUUUUUUCUUAAGUGCAUAUACAAAUGGUGGGCUCUGUGCAAGAUUGAGCAUCUCUCAGUUGCGAUGUUCAGAAUUAUGGAAAGAUGUUGGAAAGAAGGAACAACCAAUUAGUUCCAAUCUACAAUUUGCAUAUUAGAGGUUAUUUUUCUCAUUUCUAAAACAGACGAGGGAGGUUACACAUAAUGAAUUUAGAUGGAUAAAGAGUGUAUGCAACUAUGCUAGGGCAAGCGGAUGCCUGAAUUUGAUUGCUCAUAAGAGCUGGGACUCAGGUUGCAACAUGUUGGUCAUAGAUUCAAAACUUAGAAACAAGCUCUACUGCGAAACAGGGGUAAGGCUGUGUACAUUUGUCCCUCCCAGACUUUGUUGUAACGGGAGCCUCGUGCACUGAGUCGUUCUUUAUAGAGCUGGGACUCAGAAAUCUCUUUUGUUGUGACAUACUUUUACUUGGAUGGAGGGACAUCCGAGAUUGCUGAAAGAGACCGAAUAAGUAGGCAAGUGAAUCUUCCACCUUUUCCGGACUUUUUAUAUUCUCUAACAAGCUUAAGCUACGAAGAUCUCUCUCAUGCUUCUAAGAGUUCUGAGUGCAUCUUCUCAUCACCUCUGGUCUUCUAAUAGCUUCUCACCAAUUCCAUAGAAAAGGACAUCCCUAACCUCAUAAGGCCAUGGAUUGGCCCACACAGCCUUGAAAAAUGAAAUUUACUUACAAGAUUAUUCCUUUCUCUAUUUGAUAGGGGGAGAGAGAGCAAGGGCCUCCUAAGAAAGUACUUCACCAAAAGCUGAAUAUUCAGAUAUGAAAAGCUUUUGCAGAUUGCUAAAAGGGAGCUAAGAAAAUAAAAAAAUUGCCAAAAAGGAGCUAAGGAAAGGGGUUUUUUUUUUUAUUUGUGUCACAUCUC